AUGUAUCAUCGUAGCUCUACAGCUAUGAUUCAUCUAGCUAAUACUCUUUUUGUUAUGAUAAAUUGUACUUCUUUAAUUCGCCAAUAUUAUUCUAAUUGUAAAAUAUGUAUAUAUAUUCGUCGUUCUGGUUCGAGUCACAUGUCUUCAUGGCUGAAAUCUGAACACUCUCGUGAACGAUGGCAUGAAGAUCAUGUUGCUGUGAACGGUAAAACUCUAUUUUUUAUGUUGAUAGCUAUAGUAAUUUUUUAA